CUUCUGCCUCCCAAGUGCUGGGAUUAAAGGUGUGCACCAUUACUGCCCAGCUAACAAAGCAGUUUUUAAUGUACCAUUCUGUAGACAGAACACUAGCAUGGAGAAAAGGCAAAAAUGGCUUCUUGCUGAUUUGACAAGAGAUGGUGGUUUUUAAAGUCCCCAUAAUCACAAGGGACUCCUGCUGCCUUUUCCUUAAGGCUGGGACUUACCUCUUCUGUAGAGUCCCCACUCAAUUGGUUCAGGACACAAAGCCUUAUCUAAUGAAUAAUAUUGGGCUUGAGACUGCCCCUUUUCUGACUGGGGACUGAGUCAUGCAGCAGGCUGCCUUUAACUUUCUAACUUUCAGAGUUCUGAGACUCCUGGGCAUCAGCUGCCAGUUAGGGGAGAGAGCAGUCAAGCACCCUGUUUAUCUGAUGGCCCUCUGAUGAUCUCUGAGUCCACCCCCUACUGCCAAUGGACUGUAACAAUUUAUCUCUUCCUUCGUUCCACAAGACAAGAUUGGAAGAAGGCAAGGUCUGCAAAGAAACGUGGUAAGCCAGCUCAAAGGAAAACUGGCUCUUUAAGAGCCCAGCGGGCCCAGCCUGGUUACUGGUUAAUCUACCCGGCUUUGCUUUAGAAGCUUCCAUCCAUGAUGAUGUCAUCGUUGAUCAGGUUACUCAGGUGGUGUGAGUUUACCUGCUGUGUAAUGAGAAGGAAGUCUCCAGAAACCUGUGCUGGUGGCCCAGGAGUCAGACAGUAUGUACUUCGCAGGAGCAGGAAAGCCUCUGAUUAAAUUCAGGCACUGCGAGAGGUCCAUCUACAGUUUCAGUGUACCCCAGUGCUGCCCCCUGUGCCAGGGGAACGUGGGCUCCACCAGGAUAGAGGACGCACCUAUCAGCAUCUCAGACCCGUUCUCCAAUGGGCAUCAAGAGAAAUGCUGCUUCCUCCUCAAACCCACGAGAGGGACGUUCCUUAGGGAGUAUGAUGGAAAGUCUGAUCUGCACGUUGGACUCACUAACACACGCGGGGUUGUGUAUAAUUACAAUGCACACGGCAUACAGCGUGACGAGGUGGGAUGGGAGCAGAGCCUCAGCGUUCCAUUAGUGCAGCCCAGCAUGUUUGGACUGAUGGACCAGUGGGACAAGUACUUGGAAGACUUCUCUGCUUCGCCGGCCUGGCUGCCUCACAGGUAUGACGAGAACCACCACAACUGCUCCAGCUUUGCCCUCACCUUCGUUAACUGUGUCCUUGCCAUGGAAGGCAAAGAGCAGCUGGAUAAGAGGGAGUUCACGGAGAAGUACGUGAUCCCGAGGACGCGCCUGGCCUCCAAGUACAUCACGCUCUACAGGGCCAUCCAGGAGAGGGGCUUCCAUGUGGCUGACCAUCCCCACCCAGUGACAAGCCCCUCUUGAGCAGUCAGUGCUGAAGAAUGCGUGUGAGGAUGGUUGGGACAGGACAUUGAGGUUUACUACCUUUAAAUGGUACUGCAGAUAUCUAACUGUAUUUAACUGUGGCUAAUAAAAAACAAUGUAUGGCUUUCCUUCAAGCAUAUUAUAAAAACUUGUAAAAUUAACAAAAACAA